AUAACUCAGACAUAUAAGUGAAGAGGCAUAAGUUUCUUCCCUCAUUCUGUUUGCAGUUCCAUUUGACUUUGGUUUUGAUUUUAAAGCAUUAUUAAUGAUGAAAGUAACAUACAAAUCCCUUUUUUUUGUUUGUUUCUUAUGUUCUGGGUAGGUUUCCUUUCUGUCUUUUAUGUGAUCAGUCUAUAUAUAAGGUUUUUAGAACUGUUCCUGUUUAUGCAGGAGUCUGGCUCUGUGAGGCAUUGCCUUAAUUGGUUUUUAGAUGCUGUCGUGAGUAACUCAGAUAAAUAAUACAAAUAAGGGUUGGAGUUUGUCACUGCUUCCCUUUGCUCUUCAGCUUUGAGCUUUUCACUCUCGUGCUGUGUCUGAAACAAAUUUAGUCCUUGUCUGAUAUUUUCUCCCUCUUUGAAGUAAAUGCCAUCAAAAUAAGCCCCCUCACUUUUCAUUUCCUUCAAUGGCUUACGUUUGUGAGCUGUUGUCAUGUGUGAGUGAGGCAUAUCUUAGAGAUGCCUUUGUAAAGUUUGCAGAUUAAUGGUGGGGCACAAAUGUGUUCUGGGAGGAUGCAGGAAGGCACAGCCAGCACCUUGUGGUGGAGGUGGAAUCCCACAGUGGGUGUCCUAGAAAAGUUCUGACUCCCUUCUGCCUUAACCACCCUGCUGAAUCGUGUGAAUUUGUGCCUGAGAUCUCUUCAUCUACCACACGAGGAAAUGCUUCCUGAUGGUGGGAGAAGUGAUGAGUCAGGAUGGCACCUCUUGGGCUACCUCUGAUCCUUUGUGCCUUUGGGAAGCCAUUUUGUCAAUCCAGGCUUCAGUUGCAAGGAAAAAAUCAGGUGACUUAGAAGAGAAAUGCCCAGUGUGCUCCUGUUUCUCUGACUGGAUGAAAGUGACCUGGAAGCUGAUUUGCAGUGAGCAAUCAGUGAAGCCACACAGGAUUUUAUGGAAUAUUGCAUGAUCUCAUCAUGAAGAUCUCUCUCCUGCAGCAGAUGUAUAAGGAUGUCCUGGCAGGCAUUCCCCUAGCAAGGGAAAGCCAUCAUUAUUCCUCUUUAAUGAAUCUCUGUGUGGAGCAGCCACCAGAAGGAGAUGGAUCCUGUCAUCAGCAGCAUCUGCCAUCGACUGCUAGUGGCACUGGGAGCCAUCAGGACUCUGAUAUGUCAGAUGUUGUCCCUGCAACAGAUGAUUUAUCCAGGAGCUUUGCAAACAUGAGCUCCUCGCUCUGCCCCCGGGAGGUGACGCUGCUCCAGCUCACCCUGAUCAAAAUGAUGGUGGCCAAAGCAGAGUCCCAGGAGACUGAGCUCCACACGAGACAGAAGUACUGUGAAAUCUUUGUUCUUCUUCUGAAGGAGGCAAAAAUUGACUCAAAAUUGAUUCACCUGCUGGGUUCUGAUGAUCGGCUGUUAUCUCACAUGGCCUCACAAAGUUUGGCAUCUCUUGUGUAUUUCCAGCUGAAGGAAGAGGACGCUGUGAACGUGCCGUGGCUGAGCUUCAGCCUGGCCGCGCUGCCGGGGUUCCCCGGGAGCGCGGGGGUGCCCGGCUGCCUGUGGACCCUGGCGGCGAUUCUCAAGGAGACGCUGAAGGACGCGCCCGCAGCCCGAGCAGGUGCUCUGAAGAAGCUGUUGGCUCCUCUUGAUGCGGUGCUUGAAGGAUUUUAUAAUGCCAUCCUGCUCCAUCAUUUUGACAGUCACCACUACACUUCACCUUAUUCUGAAGCUGCAAACAAUCUGAUCAGUUUUAUAGAUCUGCUUGAAGCACUUUUGGUUUCCAGAAUUGAACUGGAAAUACCAUUCAGGUGCCAGAGAAUUUUAUUUUUGAAAGUCUCUUAUGUCCUCAACGUUAUUAGCUCAUCGAUUCCUUAUGUAAUCAAGAAGAAAUUCAUUUUGCUCCUUAAAAAAUGUGUCCUUUGCAAGUCUAGAGAAGAUGCUAAAGGUGGAUCACAGUUCUUACAAACCCCAUCUUUGUGUGAGGAUAUGCUUGCACUGAGUAAUGUUGUUCUGCAGGUUGUGAAUUUGACUUGGCUUAAUCAGAUCCCUCUCAGUGGGAAGUCCAGCUACUUUGGAAGCAGUGAAACUGCUCCUGGACAUGAUUCUCAAGGUGCUUCUGACCAAACUGUUCUCAGAGCCUUAAGUCUGGUUGUGCUUAAAGCACUGGAAUUCAAGAUUCAAAACGCUGCAAUAGAAGCAGAAAUCAAAGGAGACUUUGAGAGCUCCAUGUCCCAGCUGCUGAUGUUCUGGAGGAGUCAUGGAAAGCCUUCCCCACACUCUCACCCAGCUGGGCAUCACUGUGAAUGGCUCUCCUUGGUUUUCAUGGAGCAGGAUGAUGACAUGUGGGAAGCUGCUAAAGCUUUAUUGCUCAUCUAUUUAAAACUUGAUAGGUUACGGCAUGGUGUUGCUGAUAACCUAAGCCACAAAGAGGAGAAAUCCUGGCAGUUCCUUGUGCAUGCAGGUGGAUGUAACCCACACUGUAUCUUUUUAUUUUUUCUGGAGAAGAUUGCAUUUGAUUCCACAGUACUUCUAGAUUUUCUGAUUUCAUCAGAAACUUGCUUUCUGGAGUACUUGGUCAGGUACUUGAAGCUCCUUGGGAAGGAGUGGCCUCACUUUGUAGAGGUCUGUAACCAUUUGGAUACCAGGCACAGCACUUUGCACGCAGUUGGUUCUGUCAAGCAGAGCUGCGUGACCGGGGUGAGUUUGCAGAAUGCUGUUUGUGCAGCAGAGCCACAGAGUGCGAUGGCUUCGGCUCCUCACAAUUGCCCGGUGUUUACAGCACGGCAGGGUGAUAAUGGGGCUGCAGAGUGGAGCCAGUCUGACUCACUGACCGGCGCUGAUAGCGCGUCCCUGCUCGGCCCUCUUCAAAGCCUGGUUAAUUAUGACAGCUCAGAGGACUCGGAGGUGGAAUCAGAUGGAAAAGAGUGUUUGGUAAACACAAAGCAAUUGCCACCAAACAAUGAGGGUGAGGUGAGGAGGAGGCAAACAGGUUGCAGCUGCAGAGAUGAUGACCGGAAUUCACGCACCUCUGAAGUGUCGCCUCCGAAACUGAAGGGAUCCCCUGCCUCAUCCUGUUGGACUCGUAUGGCAUCUCCAGAUAACAUUGCUCCCCUAAGAGUAAUGCUUUACAAAUCAACAAAGUGUCUGGAAGAGCUGCAGGAGGCUAUUUCUAGGUUGCAGAGGAGAAAUCUUUUCCCAUAUAAUCCAUCUGCGUUGUUGAAACUGCUGAGCCAGGUUGAGAAGAUGAAUAAAUCCAUGAAUCCACAAUAAUCCAAAGUGUUCUUGUGGGGUUUUUUAAACAAGUUCACCAGGGAAUAUUUCCAUGAGAUUAAUGAUUUGUUGCCUCAUGCCUCUUGCGCCAGUCAGUGCAUUUAACCUCAGGCAGGGUGAACAUGGAUUUGGUUGGAACCCUAAAAUCUGGGAUUGCAUCCAGUGAUAUGAUCCAUGACCUGAGGGGCCUAAGCUCAUUCAUGGUGUGUAUGUCAAUGUACAGUAAAUAAGGAUUAGUUGUUGGAUAUUCAACUUUUUGUAAUAAAUAACUCACGUGAAAGCAUUUCAAAAAUAUAUGCUAAAGUAUUGUCAAUUAUACUCAAUGUCAUUCUAUUUUUAGCUCAUUGCCAGAUUAGUAGUGGUUCAUAGACUUAGGGCAAAGUUAGUGCAACACUUGACUGCUUAGAAGUUGGGCUAAAUAAAAUAAUAUAGCUGGGGACAGUUUACUGUUCAUCCUGUGUGUUCUGCAUUGGUGCAUUGCUCAAAGUGGACCUUCAGAUGUCUCUAUUCCUUUAA